AUGAGGCAAGCCAGAGACACUGCAGACAUUAUGUACAACAACUCAAAAAUAUUGCUUCUCCCAGAUCUGGCGUGGCUUACUUUGAGAGGCAGAAGAACCCUGAGACCACUCACACAGGCACUACAACAGGCCAACAUCAAAUACCGAUGGGGAUAUCCUUUCUCUCUGACAGCCACACAUCAGGGCGCCCAAGCCACACUAACAUCGGCGAUGGAAACAGAGGCUUUCACUCAGCGCCUGGGUAUACCCAAUAUUGAUAUUCAGGACUGGUACGACAUAACAGAACCCGAAUCAAUUCCACCUCCUCCUCAAAGAAUGAAAGGUCAAGCUGCAGAUACAAGAAGGAGGACGACGUGGAAGACCCCACCUGCAUCGCCUUUCAUGAGACCGAAGAGACCGCAAGGGACCCCGAGGAAAAUAAUCUGA